CAUGAUAAAGCUCAAAUAUGAAUCUCAAAGCCAAAGAAAUGGCAAGGACGGUACGGCGAUCGCUUGUAUAAGUGGGAGAACCUCUACAUAUAUAACAUAUCUGGGAUAUUUGUUAAGAGCUUCAGCCACCCUGCACUCCCGCAGGCCGCAGUAGCUUAAUCCCCCGAAAGCUCGAAGCGGAGGCAGUACCGUUUCCCCGCCGCACCAACCCCCACCAUGGCUUCUCCUUUCGGCCGAGCACCCACCGUAACAUCACCAGAGCACCGCCCGGCGACGAAAGGAACGGUGAUCUUCAGCUACACCUGCGUCGGCCUCACGGGCGCCGUUGUCAUAUCCGUCCUCAUAAUAUUCUGCCAGUACCGCGUCCGCGGCCGAGCACCAGUCACCGCCGCCGGUCCAGGGAGCAAUCCAGACGACGGCCAUGUCAGCGUGGACAUCGCCAAGCUGCCGGAGCUCUCGUACACCGAGUCCGCAAGACGGAGCGGCGGCGACGCGGCGCAGUGCUCUGUGUGCCUCGGCACGGUGCAGGUCGGCGAGAUGGUGCGGCGGCUGCCCAUGUGCAAGCACCUGUACCACGUGGAGUGCAUCGACAUGUGGCUGGCUUCGCACACGACGUGUCCUCUCUGCCGGGCGGACGUUGAGCCGAAACAGGGGGACGAAGGCCAGGCCGCGCCGGCGGAGCCGCCGCUGGUGCUGCCGGAGUAGUAGGGCGCCUGUCAUCGUUGUUAUCUCCUGUCUCCUGCAACGGAUAUACGUACGAGCCAGCACGAUGAUCGAAGUGGAGUGGUCCACCUCAACUGGUGGGUGGAGGAGGCGAGGGGCUGAGUGCCUGAUGCUGCACGCCAGCGUG